GUCAUCUACUUUUAUUUGUCAAUAAAGCUCAGGACGUCAAAUAUAGAAAAAAAAUCUGAACUACGCCUAUACAGAUAGGUUUCUGACAUUAAUAAUUAAAAAAGUCGAAUUCAUGAAUUACAAGUGACCUUUGUCUUUAUAAAUUUGGUGGGCUUGAAGCAGCUGUGUAUAAUCGGUCAUCUAUAAUUUUAGAUAUGUCGGAGCAAGUGUUAGACAAGGAGACUUGGCCGGCUGAAGCGGAAGCAGCCAUCAACGAUAUUAGAAAACAUGUCAAUUCAGCUCAAGUAUCCUCUAAAGUGAGGAGCACCAAUCAGAAGAUCUACAUUAAUCUCACGACGUUAGAAAAUUCGGAAUAUUGCGUCGAAAUGUCUGCCUCGGGAUUCCGGGUCGUCGGCAGAAAGUAUGACGACACCAGCCUUGCCACCAUAGAAAAUAUGAAUUACGAGACUCCCUACGCGUUACUAAACAACAUCAGUCAGAAGUACAGAGAAUCAUUCGGCGGGGAGCUCAUGAACAAACUGCUGCAUUUGGCUAAGAAAUCAGAAGGCUGAAUCCGAAAUCGACUAUUUCAAUUUUGGGUCUGUAGUACUUUAUUUAAAAACGUAGUGUGUUUUUUGCUUUACGGUUUAUAGAUAACGUUUAUAUGUUACAAGAUAUUGGUACUAAACUGCAUUUAUAAAUUUUAAGACGAACUCGACGUAUUUGUUUAGAUUACUUUUAAACCUUUAUUUAAGUUUUUAUAUUAUGUCAUAUUUAAACACAUGACUUACAUACAUGACGGACAAAAUUAUAUUGUUAGUUAUAUAAAAAUAAAUCAUAUUUGAUGCUCAUAUAUAACCAAAUCAUUUCAAGAUCUGGAUCUUUUAAGCGUUUAUUGUAUAGUUUAAAUGAAUGUUGCCAUACUUUAUUUUGUAUAUGUAACAGAGUAUAAUUUUCACUAUUUAAGUCAAGUGCACAUAAAAAUAACUAUAACGGUGUUAUCUUUAUUUAAGUAAUUAUUUAUUGGAUGUAAUAUCGGAGCUUAUUUGAAUAUGUAUUAAAAAGAGCAGACUGAGUACAAAUAUUUGUGAACUUUAGAAAAAUAUACAAUUGUAGCACGGUGUUGCAAAAUGCAAAAAUAUAUGAUUAUAUAUUAAUUUGUUUUUUAAUAAAUUCCAAUUUGCAUCCGUA